AUGGCGCUCAGCUUCCAGAGCGUCGCCUUGCUUUUCUUCGUCUUGCACAAACCGGGACGACGACCGGCACGGAAGGCACAGAAUAGAGACGAGACGGCGUCGGAGUACUCGCCCGGGCACAGCAACACCACGGUCCCGAACCUGUCCAUCCCGAGAGCGAGGCAAGACGCGCUACCGCACUACAGCAAGCCCAUCAGCAGCCCCGAUUCCAAAUGGCCGCGUCUAGGUCACCCAACCCGGCCCACGAAAUCGCGAACCUGUCGCGACGCGUUCGACAACAUGGUGCUCACGACCCGGGACACCUCCGAUAGUGAGGAGAAACGCUCGUUGCCCCUGACGAUCACCAAAAAAAAGACCUGCCCAGCCUAA